AUGUCUUUAGAGCUCAAUGUCGGACAAGACUCGACAAUAGGAUGCAUACACAUUGUGAGAGAGGAAAAAGAAAAGUUAGAAGAUGAAUUCAGCAAAGUCAUCACGGGGAGCGGAGCCGUGGAAAACCUACGUACGGGUUUGUUGGAACACUAUGUGAAGUUGGAGUUUUUCCUCAUGAUGCACGUUGAGAUGCACUUUGAGUGUUGGGAGCAGAUUGAAAAUCCCCAAAAAUAG